UUUCUUUCUCUCUCACUUUUCUGACACAUAGUCCCCGGAAUCUCAAUUUCCGACCGGUCAUAUUUCCGUCAAAGAAGCUGACACAACCUUUCUUUUCCUCCUUUAACUCUUUCUCAUAUAACAUCUCUUGGUUACACAUUUCACAAACCAAUAAAAGCGCUCUUACCCUGCAAUUCUUCCACCUACAACUGCACUCAAAUUAACCUUUGCACCACACAUAAUAGUAAAGGGGAAGUUGGAGGUUGAAAGGUUGAGUUCGUAGUUGAAGUUUGGCGUAGUUAGAGCACACAGUUGCAGACAUUAAAAGCAAAGGCAGCAGUUACAACAAUUCGCACGGAUUGCUGCAUAAGAUACAUGGCGUAAAGCACAAGGAAAGUGGAGAUGGUGCUGGUGUUGCUGUUGGGGACUUGAGUGCAAAGUUUUUAUUAUUAUAUAUGUGCCCAUAAGCAUCAAAGAGUGUUUCAGAGAAUGUACAGCGCCUAGGGGAAGAUGAAACACUGUCGAGAUUUGAUGCCAUGCCAUACCUUUCUUUCUUUCUUUUUUUAUUUUUUUAUUUUCCCUUCUUUUCAGCUUUCAGCCGUUACAAGGCCUCUUCAUGCCUUUCCCACUCUUGUACUUUCUUUAACUCUUGUCUUCCUUCAAGACAAGUGCAUAUAAGCUGAGUUAUGGUUCUCAGUAAAAACGUGGAACCUGCUUUGCCAUAAACCUUUUAGUUUAUCCCUUGUUGGAAUCUCUCACCUCUUGCUCCUCCAUCUCCACUUUCAGACUUACGUAAGUGAAGCUUCUUUCCUUAUUUUCUUCAGAACUAUUUGGCAAGUUCAAUGAAGGAUCCAGCGGAGGAUCAAGUGAAAUCUAGAAGAGCCCUUCAGAGAUCAAAAGACCUUAGAAGAAGAGAUAGAAGAAGAGGCCAAUGCAAGCAAGAUAAAUUACAAGAAACAGGACUUGACUCACAAUUCAUUUCCUCUGCUUGCAAAAGUCUUGUGUUUCCUGCCAGACCUGGCUAUGGCCAGCUGGGGACAAAGUGUCUGGUCAAAGCUAAUCAUUUCCUGGCAGAUAUAUCAGCUUCUGACUUGAGCCAUUACAAUGUUACAAUAACACCUGAAGUCACUUCUCGUAAAACAAGCAAAGCCAUCAUAUCUGAGUUGGUGAGGCUUCACAGGAACACUGACUUGGGGAUGAGGCUUCCUGUUUAUGAUGGAGGAAGAAAUCUCUACACUGCUGGUUUGCUUCCAUUUGCAUACAAAGAGUUCUCCAUAACAUUGAGCCAGGAUGACGAGGGUACUGGUGGUACCAGGGAAAGAGAAUUUGAAGUGGUGAUAAAGUUUGCAGCUCGUGUCAGCAUGCAUCAAUUACGUGAGCUUCUGAGUGGGAAACAAGUGGACACCCCGCAAGAGGCGCUUACUGUCAUUGACAUUGUAUUGAGGGAGCUUGCAGCUCAGAGCUUCGUGUCAAUUGGGAGGUUUCUCUAUUCUCCGGAUUUAAGAAAACCACAGCAGUUAGGUGGUGGUCUGGAAUCAUGGCGCGGCUUCUACCAAAGUAUAAGGCCUACUCAGAUGGGAUUGUCCCUUAAUAUUGACAUGUCAUCAAUGGCUUUUAUUGAACCACUCCCUGUAAUUGACUUUGUUGCUCAAAUUUUGGGAAAAGACGUGCUCUCAAAGCCACUGUCAGAUGCAGAUCGUGUCAAGAUUAAGAAAGCCUUAAGAGGUGUGAAAGUCGAAGUUACACAUAGAGGAAGUUUUCGAAGGAAGUACAGAAUUACAGGAUUGACAUCACAACCUACAAGGGAACUCAAUUUCCCUGUCGACGAGAAAAUGAACAUGAAAUCAGUGGUUGAUUACUUUCAAGAAAUGUAUGGAUAUACUAUUAUAUAUUCUCAUCUACCCUGCCUUCAAGUAGGAAGUCAAAAGAAGGUGAACUAUUUGCCUAUGGAGGCAUGUAAGAUAGUUGGAGGUCAGAGAUAUACAAAAGGACUUAACGAAAAGCAGAUAACUUCUCUGCUGAAGGUCUCAUGCCAGAGACCACGUGAACAAGAGACAGACAUUCUACAGACACUUCAAGAAAAUAAUUAUGAGUAUAAUCCCUAUGUAAAGGAGUUUGGUAUCAGCAUUGACAACAAACUUGCAUCAGUUGAAGCUCGGGUUCUUCCUGCUCCAUGGUUGAAAUAUCACGACACUGGAAGAGAGAAAGAACACUUGCCACAAGUUGGUCAAUGGAACAUGAUGAACAAGAAAGUUAUAAACGGAAGCACUGUAAGAUAUUGGGCAUGUAUCAAUUUCUCACGAAGUAUCCAAGAAAUUGCUCGCGGGUUUUGCCAACAGUUGGUUCAAAUGUGCCAAAUCUCAGGCAUGGAAUUUAGUCUAGAUCCUGUGAUUCCUAUAUACACAGCAAGACCUGAUAUGGUAAAGAAAGCCUUGAAGUACGUACAUUCUGCUGUGCGAGAUAAACUUGGUGGGAAAGAACUAGAGUUGUUGAUUGCCAUUCUUCCAGACAACAAUGGCUCUCUGUAUGGUGAUCUCAAAAGAAUCUGCGAAACAGAUCUGGGAUUGAUUUCUCAGUGCUGUCUUUCAAAACACGUGUUCAAGAUCAAUAGACAGUAUCUGGCAAAUGUGGCCUUAAAGAUCAAUGUCAAGUUGGGAGGAAGGAACACAGUACUUUUGGAUGCCUUGAGUUGGAGGAUCCCAUUGGUUAGUGACAUUCCAACAAUAAUUUUCGGAGCUGAUGUGACUCAUCCAGAAUCUGGAGAGGACCCUUGUCCAUCCAUUGCUGCUGUUGUAGCCUCCCAGGACUGGCCGGAAGUAACAAAGUAUGCAGGAUUAGUAUGUACUCAGCCUCAUCGUGAGGAACUCAUUCAAGAUCUUUUUAAAUGUUGGAAGGAUCCUCAUCAUGGUGUAGUUUAUGGUGGCAUGAUCAGAGAGCUGUUACUCUCGUUUAAGAAGGCAACUGGACAAAAACCACUGAGAAUAAUAUUUUACAGGGAUGGCGUAAGUGAAGGACAAUUCUACCAGGUUUUGUUGUAUGAGCUUGAUGCCAUUCGUAAGGCUUGUGCAUCUUUGGAACCGAGUUACCAACCUCCGGUAACAUUUGUUGUGGUUCAGAAACGGCAUCACACCAGACUAUUCUCAAACAAUCAUGACGACAGAAACAGCACUGAUAAGAGUGGGAAUAUCUUACCUGGUACCGUGGUGGAUUCCAAGAUCUGUCAUCCGACGGAAUUCGAUUUCUAUUUAUGCAGUCAUGCUGGAAUUCAGGGUACAAGUAGACCAGCUCAUUAUCAUGUUCUGUGGGACGAGAACAAUUUCAGCGCUGAUGAGAUUCAAUCUCUGACCAACAACUUGUGCUACACAUAUGCAAGAUGUACUCGAUCUGUUUCUGUAGUGCCUCCUGCGUACUAUGCUCACUUGGCAGCAUACAGAGCUCGUUUCUACAUGGAACCAGAUGUUCAUGAGAUUGGUAAAUCUCGAGGUGGUAGAUCAAAAGAUGAGUCAGUUCGGCCACUACCAGCUCUGAAAGAGAAGGUGAAGAAUGUGAUGUUUUACUGUUGAAUGAGAAGCGAUAGAGAGACUUCCACGUAGAGAAACAGCAGCAAAUGUAGGAAAAGGAAAUUGAAAUUAAUACAAGAUGUACAACCUAACCUGCUCAUAAUUCAUAAUUCUCUGCAUGGAAUUUUUUGACCAAGUCUAGGUUGUUUUUCAGUCCUUCUAGUGCUUAGGGAAGCUUAUUAUGUAGAAAUUACUCGUAUAUCGGUUUUCGAGCUUCAGAGCAUGUGCUGGUGGAAUUACCUUAUAUUUUAACAUGAAGUGAAAAAAGGUGUAAAAAUAGUGAAAUUGUUAAGCACUAUUGUUUGGACUAAACACUAUAAGUUCAUACUCCAAUCCUUUUAUAA